CGCUGUGGAGUCUCGGUUGUCCUGGUAACGCGUAAACGGUAUUCGGGAAUGGCGAGUUUACUGGGAGAAACUCUGUUUGAGACCAGUGGACAAGGUCCUGCACCUAUGAAGGACUAUUUCCACUUUGCAAUAACAAAAUCUCAGAUAAUUUGGAGCUGGUGGAAGAUAUCUUUGAGAUCAGACUGCAGGAACACACCACCAGGACAACUGAGAGAAUCACAUGAAGACUUCUUAGAAGACAGUCGUCUGCAAAAUCAAGUGGCCGUGGUAUUUGGUCCUCACAUCUUGCAGUACUCCAAAAAUUUAUGCCAGGGCCAUUAUGAUUACAUUGUCCAUCUCCCCAAUGCUUUACUUUUCAACAUCAUGGCACAUCUGGACCUUGAAGACAUUUCAGUCGUUUCACGCACCUGCCGUAGGUUUAGAGAGCUUUGUAACUCUGAGGAGUUCUGGGAGCAGACAGUGAGGAAGCAUUGUGACACUGUGACACCAACAGUGGAGGAUUUAGCUGAGGAGGUUGGCUGGAGGACAAUUUUCUUCACCAACAAGCUGCAGCUGCAGAUGCAGAUUAGUCGCCGGAAGCAGAAGGAGAAUCAGCCCUGUGAGGAUAAAAAUGAGCCAAGUUCCUCUUCAGUACCUUUGGAAUAAAUGUUUGAAGACUGUUUACAAAGCCUUUUUUA